AUGACCAACGAGAACCAACAGAAGAACAGCAAAGAUGGCAAUUCGAGGAAGGAAAAGGGAAGAGAGGACAACACAGCUCGUAAUAGGUCUGAGGAUGUAGCCCCCAAGAAUAAGUAUAUUCCAAAACUGAUACUUGUCACCACGGAGCCAGGGGCAACCAGAGGCUCUCGAGUAAACACUCUGCGCGACACAUGGGAUAAGAUAACCAAAGACCUGGAGCUCUGGCAGAAAGACCAGAAGAAGGAUGAAGACAUUGAGAAGGAUCACGCUGCUGACUACAACUUCGAGGCGAUCGAAGCGGACUAUACAGCGAAGAAUCAAGCUUAUCGAGAUGAGCUCGAAAAUAAUGGGCGGAGUGGAAGGGAUCCGGAUACGAAAGCAGCCAAGAGAGAGAUGCUAAUAGCAAGGGAUAACUACAGGCAGGCUAAAAAAUACAGAGAUGACAAGAGGUUUGACAAAGCAAAACGUCAGAGAGACCAUGAAGGGAUGACGCGCGCUCAACAGAUGGUCGAAGACUGGCUCUUCUACCAGGAUGCCUCCAGGCGGCGGAGAAGGCUGAUCUACUUGGACCCUGAUAAGAGGAAAGAAGCUGAAGCAAAACGGUUGCGUCGUAGGCUUCAAUAUAAGCUCGAGAACUCAGGCACCGAUAAUGGCCAUUAUGACUGGCUGCAUUCGUUGAUGGAACUAUAUGACUCAAGAGACAUUGGUGGCCGAAAUUACAAACAAGGCUUGGAAAACCAUCUCGGGAAUCAGAUCCCGAAAAGGACGAGGCAAAAGGCCACUCUGCCUCUUGUAGGGCCGGGCGAGCUUCACCUGUGGACACCAAGAUACAGGCGUCGACUUGUUGGCUUGCGUCGCCCAGAGGAAGACGACACUGACAGUGAUGAUUCGGACGAGAUCGAGCCGCAUCGCUUUCAGCUGGAUGAGGCGGCGGUCGAGGCCGAGCGGAUGAAAACGGAGAAGAAGAUCGAUCGCGAGACGAAGAAUCUUGUGUACAGUUCCCAUGAUGCAAGACGCCGAGACGAGAUCGAAACCUACAAGAACAGCAGACCUAAUACUUCGAAUGUCCGAGAAGCAACGGUUUCCGGUAGGAGUAUCGUCCAAGACAGGUGGGGUCAAAUUCAGACGAAACAGGGCCUGUUCAUCUCUGCACGUGAGAGCUCUUGGGAUUGGCUGACCUCGUAUGAUUGCCUCGGGCCGGUGAAAACUGGUUGGUAUCCUGAGACCAGCGCCGUUAGGGAUGAUCCGGAAGACUGGAUAGAAGCAGAUGAUCUUGACAGCGAAAGUGAUCGUGACAGCCAAGUUGACGCACCACAGGCUUCCGGAGAUGAGCCUACGAAUAACGAGACCGUACUCGAGAAGCCAGUAGGCGAAAGCCGAAAAGCUGGCAAAGCGACCAUCGGUUACCCAUACCCAGCCCGGGAGUUCUGGAGAGAUUCGAAACCAUUCAGAUUGGGCGAACGCAAGUUCGUCACCACCGAGUGGGCGGAGGAAACGACCGGUCGCCGCGAACGACACACAUACCGAAAGCUACAGCAUGCCUCACCUGUCAACUCGCCCCCUCAAUCUCCAGUGUUAGAGGAAAUUUCAGAUGCGACCAUACCCAUGGGCUUCCCCGAGACGGAUACGCGAGCUGUCGCUCUAGAGCCAAGAUCUCGCAGGAAAAUCUGUCUUCUGAAUCCCAAUAGAUGCCGGGCAUUCUGGCCCCACUCGUUAAACGAGUGCUGGAUACCAUACUCAGAGCAACCGACGCGACCUGAAGAACCUGUGAAGUGGCCCAUCCAGGGGAUAGAUGCACCCAAAGACGUGACCGAAGGGGGUCCGGAUGGAUACGUGCCGGCACUCGGUAUGCCUGUUUACCGCUCUAGGCUAUACGACCACUACGGACUGAUGUUCCAGAGCACACCCAAGGACGAGGUCCCAGCGCGGCCCAUAUGGCCUAGGAUUGGAAUACGAGUGCCGUAUGAACCCAUGACGUUCGAAGACCUUCGUCUGUGCAGAGAAGAUGGGGGCAAGGGUGAGAUGGAGCCGGAGGCAUCAAAAUCUGCAGAGCUCGUGGAAGUUCCGGAAUCAUCCAGCCAAGGAGAGAUAGGCAAGAUUCUGGCUCCUGAUGCGCAUUUAAGAGGUGUCCAUGAGGUCCGGUCGAUGGCGGUGCCAAUUAUCGAGGAAGCGCAACGGCCGUGGGCAGAUCCUGAAGAAGAGCCUGAUGAAAAUGACUCAGGCUCAGGCUCGGAUGCGGAAUCGGACGAUGACGGUGAUCUUUUCCAUGAAUCCUACGUGACAGGCUCCUUUCCAGGUGGCCUGCCAGCACCCGUACCACCGCCAACGGAAGCCUCAGGGACUGCCGCCCCGGAUGAAACAGCUCCAGCAAUUGUUGCCCCACCAGAAGCUGCUGUGCCUACAGAGGACGACCAAAUGGAUGAUGGUGCCGAAGAUCUGUAG